UCAACCGUCGAUUCCAGUGCCGUGUCGGUCUCCCUCCACCACGUCGCCUCUGUUGGUCGACCUCUGCCCGGCCAAACCUUUCGGAAAUCGCUAGCCUCCUCCUUUCUCCCCUACCUUUCUCUCUCGUUGCUUCGCCGACCGUAGCAAGAGAGCAAGCGCCUUCAAUCGCGAAUUCCAGGAGAGGUAUCGAGUAAGAGCUAAGCUGCCGGCCUACUGCCUGUGUCCGCCAUGAAUCCGGAGUAUGACUAUCUAUUCAAACUUUUGCUUAUUGGAGACUCAGGCGUUGGAAAGUCAUGCUUGCUCCUGAGAUUUGCGGAUGAUUCCUACCUGGAAAGUUAUAUAAGUACCAUCGGAGUUGAUUUUAAAAUACGCACAGUCGAGCAGGAUGGGAAGACCAUUAAGCUUCAAAUUUGGGAUACUGCUGGGCAAGAGCGUUUCAGAACAAUUACAAGCAGCUAUUACCGAGGUGCCCAUGGCAUCAUUGUGGUGUAUGAUGUGACAGACCAGGAGAGCUUCAAUAAUGUGAAGACUUGGCUAAAUGAGAUCGACAGAUAUGCAAGUGAUAAUGUGAACAAGCUUCUGGUGGGCAACAAAAGUGAUCUUACUGCAAAUAAAGUUGUCUCUUACGAGACAGCCAAGGCAUUCGCGGAUGAGAUCGGCAUCCCUUUCAUAGAGACUAGUGCGAAAAAUGCUACCAAUGUGGAGCAGGCCUUCAUGGCCAUGACUUCUGCCAUCAAGAACAAGAUGGCUAGCCAACCAGCCGGCAACAAUGCCAGGCCACCGACAGUACAAAUCCGUGGACAACCUGUGAAUCAGAAGAGUACCUGCUGCUCAUCCUGAGCAUUUUGAUGGUUGCAUGUAAAAACUAUCAUCUGCUGUUAUUAUGAUUUCAUGCCCCGUGUCAUGUUCUUUAGUCAUUAUUUGUACAGUUUUGGAUAUUUUCUGUUAUGAUUAAUUAUGUUGUUCCUUCGAGA